AUGUUGCCGAUUCCAAUUACAAUAAUUUUGGUGCUGUUAGGCAUUAUCAUAUUUGCACUACGAUGGAUUCCUAAACAUUUUAGGUUGAUAAAACACAGAUAUAUGUCUGAUUUGAAAAAUGAUUUAGAGUUUAAUGAUCGUAAAAAGUUAAACCAUGUGAGCUUUCUUUCCAUUGGUACAAUUAGAAAUAUUUUAAUUGCAAAUAGUACUAAUCCAAGUGAUUACUGUACUGAUAUUGAGCCAGAGUUGAAAAUAUCACAGAAUGAUAUUGAUAAUAAAUAUGAUUUUAUGUUAAAUUUGAAGUAUUCGCAGGAGAAGAAUGGUGAUAGAAAAAUCUUAUAUGGAUUUUUCCAUCCUUAUUGUAAUGCAGGUGGUGGUGGUGAAAAAGUAUUAUGGAAAGCUGUUGAAACUACUUUAAAUAGAAAUGACAAUAACGUUGUAGUAAUAUACACUGGUGAUCUUGGCGUUACUGGUAAAAAGAUAUUGGCAGAUGUGAAGAAGAAAUUUGAUUAUAGAUUAGAUGAAUCAAGAAUUGCAUUCGUAUAUUUGAAAUAUCGUUAUUUGGUAGAUGGAAAAACUUGGCCACACCUUACACUAAUUGGUCAAGCUUUAGGCUCAAUUAUUUUAAGUUUAGAAGCAAUUUACAGAUGCCAACCCGAUAUUUGGUGUGAUACAAUGGGUUAUCCAUUUGGAUAUCCCGCUGUAAGUAUUCUAACCGAGGUUCCAAUCGUGACAUACACACAUUACCCUGUAAUUUCAACUGAUAUGUUAAACAAAUUAAGACUGACUCCUGGUGGUUUAUCAUUAAAACAAUGCGUGAAAUAUGUUUAUUGGAAACUCUUCAUGCUUAUGUAUCAAUUUACAGGAACCUAUGUUAAAAUUGCAAUCACAAAUUCAACAUGGACUAAUAAUCAUAUUACUAAAAUAUGGAAACAUUCUAAGUCAAGGGUAAUAUUUCCACCCUGUUCAACAGAAAAAUUGAUUUUCAAUGAAGCUGAAUGGAAAAGAGAAAAUAAUGCUAUUGUACUAGCUCAAUAUAGACCAGAAAAGAGACAUGAUUUAAUAAUAAAAUCAUUUUCAGAAUAUUUGAAGAGGCUAGAUAAUGUCACUGGAAAUGACACAAUCCCUAAACUUAUUUUCAUCGGUUCUACUAGGUCUCAAGCUGAUAAAGAUUACGUCGAAGCUCUUAGUAAAGAAGCUUAUGAAAAAUGGGAAAUACCUAAAUCAUUACUUGAAAUUCAUACCGAUUGCCCUUAUGAAGAUAUUAUAAAAUAUUUGCAUACUUCUUCAUUUGGUAUCAAUGCAAUGUGGAAUGAACAUUUUGGUAUUGCAGUAGUAGAAUAUGUAGCGGCUGGGUUGAUUCCAUUAGUUCACGCUUCUGCAGGCCCAUUAUUAGAUAUUGUGGUACCUUGGGACCUAAAGCUAGAUCAACAAGCAAAGACAAGUUCUCUGGAUACUUUAACAGGUUUUUUCUUUAAAGAUCCAGAGGAUCCUGACUACGAAACAUUUAAAACUCAUAAUACAUAUCCAAGAUUAUCGGAUUUAUUCGAUACGGUAUCUAAAUUAACAAAUGAAGAGAAAUUUAAUAUCUCAAAAAGAGCUAAAGCUUGUGCUAUAAUUAAAUUUUCUGAUUCUAAAUUUGACAAGGAUUGGGUUAGAUAUGUAUUAGAAGUAUUAGAGGAAGAUAUCUAA